CAGCCACGAAGGGCGUUUAUCAUCAUGGUGGCAAUCAACCUUCUCUUAUCCAGUGCCCCAAGUACUUCACAGAACAUCCGUCCGGAAAUCUAGCCUCAUGCUAUCAGAAAAACCAUUGUCAUAUCAUGUAACAACAUCUCUUCUAUGAACCGUACCGAGUCUUCUCGAACUUCGGAUGCUUCGGCGCAAUAUCCCGCAUCGGUUUCCCCUUCCGUACAUCGUGUCUAACAAUGAUGUGACAACCCAAUCUGCCCGCGUGCUCGUCUUCUGCAUUUGCAGAUUCAACUCAAUUCCACUUCACAGAAGCCACUUCACCGGGGUUAUCUGACAAAAAGCCAUGUCUUCCCCUGAGUUGUCGGACACUUCGGAGAGCACUGUCAAUUUGACUGCUGCCACGACGACUGUCCAGCCUGCAGACGAUCGCCACGGAACCAACGAUGACAACGAACAUGCAUUACAUGUUUCGACCCACCGUCCACUGCCUAACCCACUGAUACGCUCACGGCCGAGUCACAGCGGCGGACAGGUACCGGCUCCCAUUCUACGUGACCGUCCCUUGCCACGGCCCUCACUUGACCAAACUGCGGAAGAGCGCAGGCGAAGCAUCAUAGCGAUGGACCGCAAGAGGAGGUUGACCAACACAAAUUAUGAAGAAGGAAGGACAAGAACAAACAGUGGCAGUUAUCACGAUCGGAGAACGCACCAGGAUGGACGUCGCGGCGAUGGGGCCUCGUCUCAAUCCCGCGGGCAUGUCGCUUCAGAUCCUACGGGAUUGUCCCCUGAAGUCGUGGACUUGACGUCCUCAUCUCCCGAACCACCUACCACGCCUCAACGGAGCAGUCUGAGUCGAAGGACAUCCUCUCACAGUUCGAGACGCUACGUUGUGCCUCCAUGGCAGCCGGAUUCUGAGGUCAGCGAAUGCCCCAUUUGCAAACGGCCAUUCACCUGGAUGUUCAGGAGACAUCAUUGUAGGAAAUGUGGCAGAGUCGUUUGCAAUGACUGCUCUCCUCACCGCAUCACUAUUCCUCGACAGUUCAUCGUACAACCUCCUGGUGAGGAUGUUGCUACCUCACCGCCGCAUCAGCCUGACCGUGCUUUUGCUACCAUUGAUUUGACAGGCGAGGAUACCGACGACGACGAAUCACAACGAUUAUCUUCUCCUCCGCCUCGAUUUGUGACGAGUCCUUACCUCGGAGGCGGCGAGAAAGUGCGCCUAUGUAAUCCAUGUGUGCCCGAUCCUCAGCCGAAUCCUCCAUACUACCCAGGCCCCGGAGGUGAAACACGAGCAGAACCGCCCUCGAAUAUUCCUGGAGGGCAUUCGCGAACUUCUAGCCAGCCGGUGGGGUCGUAUUACUCUGGGCCGAACCCACGGCUAGUCAUGCCUCUGAGGGACGAAGCAAGUCAUCAGCGAGUAGGCCAGUCUAGCUCUCUGGGCCGUGAUGGUUCUGGAAUGCUAGGUAAUCAUCUGGGCUGGCUGACUUCACAUCGCGGGACAUCAACCGCUCCUCCGCCUGUACCAUCAAGAGACUCUCUACCACCAUUGCAAGUCCGACCCGGCUCUGGCAUAUUACGCCCACCCUAUAUGCAGCCUCACCAAUCUCACGAAGGUUUUACAUCCGCUUCAAACCCCGGGAGUCCAGGGCAUUAUGCCGCAAGACGUCUAUCUCAUGAGCCCAGAAAUGAACGAUUCCCACGUGUUUUGCAGAAUUUCAUCGAAGGUCCCCCGCGGCCUCGUCUCGAUGAGCGGGAUAUUUGUCCGAUAUGUCGGAGAGCAUUACCUCCUCGAGGUGACAAUGGCGACGAAUCGGCUCGAGAGACUCACAUCAUGGACUGUAUUCGAUCGCGCGAUCCUUCGUCUCAUACCGAGAGUGGUGGAGGUCCUUCUCAAGCAAGGGUACAGAUGCUACCAUUCAUUGCCACGGAGAAAGACUGCGUUGGGGAGGAUGGCACUCCUUCGGAGUGUUCUAUAUGUAUGGUUGAGUACGACGUUGGGGAUGAAUUGGCACGACUUGAAUGUCUGUGCAAAUUCCACAAGAGCUGUAUUGUUGAAUGGCUCGGACGCAAAGCAGAGUGCCCGGUGCAUAAGCUUAUAGCAUGAUUUACGACUUAUGAACGACUGGAUGAUAAGGACAGCAUACGCGUUACGAUUGUGGAUCUUUGGUGCUGAUGAUGGCGCCAUGGGCAUUAGAAUUUGGGAAUGGUGGCUCGACUCGCGAAAAUGGAAGAGACAGACCCAAGCUUCAAAGCCUCCAGACAGAAAGGGCCAAAGGAUGAUUUUAAUGACCAUGUUAGGCUGUCAAGGCCUGGGAUAAUGACCACAACUACGAGUAUUACUUGAGCCUAGCCUCGGUAAAGUCCUUAAGUCGGCCAACCAUAGUAGCCGGUAGCGAGUCGCUUAUACAUCCCGCCAAGAGG